AUGAAGAGACACCAGCAGAGCAAAAGAGGUUGUCAGUUACAGUGCACAAAAAUGGGAGUAAGCCAGCAUGGUCACUGGCUCCUAGGGAAAAUAUGAGAUUCCUCAGCCUUCCAGUACAGCAACCCAGGAACCAACAACCUCUCAAGUUCCCACCACUACAGCACAGUCCUCUAAUAAAAAUACUAUUCCCAAAGCAUGUCCUAUAUGCCAUAAGACUUUUAAAUUUGAAGCUACCAUGGUAAGGCACAUUGAGACUUUCCUUUUGGUGAGAAGCAACAAGUGCCCUGACAUCUUGAAGUGCACCAUUUGUGAAGCGAUGUUCUCUUGCGGCAUGGACCUGAAGAGCCACAACUGUCAUACAAUUUACAGGACUGUUUUCCUGCCCUUCUUGUCAGAAGACUUUUGUUUAAAUAACUGAGCUGCGCUUACAUCAGAGAAAUGAGUCCACUCCUUACCAGUGUUAUGUGUGCCAACGAUCAUUCUUAUCACUCGAUAAGCUGACUGUUCACGAGCGAAUUCACACGGGAAAAACCUUACUUCUAUGCUGAGUGUGGAAAGAGUUUCCGGGAUGCAAAAACCUUGGAACAACACUAAGAUUCAUGUCGAGGAAAACCCCACACUUGCUCCCAUUGUGGGAAAAGUUGCAAUGGAAAAGAGCUAUUGAAACAACACAUUACAUUAAAAUUAUUUAAAUUAACAUCAUUACACCACAAAGAUGCUGCUUUCAUCUGCCCAGACUGGGAAGUUUUUUCAGUUGGUAUGGUUAAGAAGGCAUAUGUUAAUGCACACUGGCGAGAGACCGUUCCUAUGUGACCUCUGCGGGAAGGGUUUCAAAUCUACAGUUGAAUUGAGGUUACACACCCGGACACACACUGGAGAACGGCCAUUCAAGUGCCCAGAAUGUGGCAAAGGUUGUAGGCAGAAGUGUCAGCUGCAGAGUCAUCGGCGGACACACACAGGAGAGUGGCCGUGUACCGUGUAUGAUAAACGCUUUUAUGUCAGCAAAGAUAGAAAACUACCUAUGCUCAUCCAUACUGGAGAGAAGCCAUUGAAAUGUCAAGUAUGUGGCAUGGCUUUCAACCGUAAAGAGGUUUUGAGGGUACACCAACAAACCAAGAGGUGUUCAUAUAGGCACACAAGUCCCCUACAUAACACAUCAUUAUAAUAAUAAGUGGUUUCCUGACUUUGACAGAACUGGCCCUGUUGUUUGAUUUUCGGCUUUACGAUAGCCUAAGAAAUAAGUUAGCCUAGCUACAGCAUGAAUUCCCUUAGGCUUAAAAAAGAAUAAUAAAAAUAUAUAUAUACACUAACAGUCAAAGGUUUGGACCACCUACUCAUUCAAGGGUUUUUCUUUAUUUUUUUACAUUGUGGAAUAAUAGUAAAGACAUCAAAACGAUGAAAUGACACAUAUGGAAUCAUGUAGUAACCAAAAAAGUGUUGAACAAAUCAAAAUAUAUAUUUGAGAUUCUUCAAAUAGCCACCCUUUGCCUUGAUGACAGCUUUGCACACUCUUGGCAUUCUCUCAACCAGCGUCACGAGGUAGUCACCUGGAAUGCAUUUCAAUUAACAGGUGUGCCUUCUUAAAAGUUACUUUGUGGAAUUUCUUUCCUUAAUGCGUUUGAGCCAAUCAGUUGUGUUGUGACAAGGUGGGUGGGUAGGGGGUAUACAGAAGAUAGCCCUAUUUGGUAAAAGACCAAGUCCAUUUAUGGUAAGAACAACUAAAAUAAGCGAAGAGAAACAACACUCCAUCAUUACUUUAAGACAUGAAGGUCAGUCAAUACGGAACAUUUCAAUAACUUUUUUAAGUUUCUUCAAGUGCAGUCGCAAAAACCAUCAAGCACUAUGAUGAAACUGGCUCUCAUGAGGACCGCCACAGGAAUGGAAGACCCAGAGUUACUUCUGCUGCAGAGGAUAAGUUCUUUAGAGUUACCAGCCUCAGAAAUUGCAGCCCAAAUAAAUGCUUCACAGAGUUCAAGUCACAGACACAUCUCAACAUCAACUGUUCAGAGGAGACUGUGUGAAUCAGGCCUUGAUGGUCGAAUUGCUGCAAAGAAACCACUACUGAAGGACACCAAUAAGAAGAAGAGACUUGCUUGGGCCAAGAAACACGAGCAAUGGACAUUAGACUGAUGGAAAUGUGUUCUUUGGUCUAGAGUCCAAAUUUGAGAUUUUUGGUUCCAACUGCCAUGGCUUUGUGAGACGUGAUGUGGGUGUACGGAUGAUCUCUGCAUGUGUAUUUCCCACCGUAAAGAAUGGAGGAGGUGGUGUUAUGGUGUGGGGGUGCUUUGCUGGUGACACUGUCUGUGAUUUAUUUAGAAUUCAAGGCACACUUAACCAGCAUGGUUACCACAGCAUUCUGCAGCAAUAUGCCAUCCGAUCUGGUUUGGGCUUAGUGGGACUAUCAUUUGUUUUUCAACAGGACAAAUACCCAACACACCUCCAGGCUGUGUAAGGGCUAUUUGUCCAAGAAGGAGAGUGAUGGAAUGCUGCAUCAGAUCACCUGGCCGCCACAAUCCCUCGACCUCAACCCAAUUGAGAUGGUUUGGCAUGAGUCGGACCGCAGAGUGAAGGAAAAGCAGCCAGCAAGUGCUCAGCAUAUGUGGGAACUCCUUCAAGGCUGUUGAAAAAGCAUUCCAGGUGAAGCUGGUUGAGAGUAUGGCAAGAGUGUGUAAAUAUGUCAUCAAUGCGUGGUCCUCUGUAGCUCAGCUGGUAGAGCACGGCGCUUGUAACGCCAAGGUAGUGGGUUCGAUCCCCGGGACCACCCAUACACAAAAAAAAAUGUAUGCACGCAUGACUGUAAAUCGCUUUGGAUAAAAGCGUCUGCUAAAAGGCAUAUUAUUUUUAUUAUUAUAAUGCAAAGGGUGGCUGUUUGAAAAAUCUAAAAUAUAACAGUUUUUUGGUUACUACAUGAUUCCAUAUGUGUUAUUUCAUAGUUUUGAUGUCUUAAAGAAAAACCCUGGAAUGAGUAGGUGUGCCCAAACUUUUGACUGGUACUAUAUAUAUAUAUAAACACACAGAUAUAAUUCUGAAAGUAAGACUCGUUACUUUUAAAAAGUAACUAAUAAUAUUGAAAUAUUUGAAGACAGUAACUCAUUUAUAUUACACCGUUACUCAUGAAUAAUCUAUUACUGCAAUGCGUUACUAUUGUACCACAUUAUCCCCAACACUGACCUUGAUGAGCAUUAGCUUGAUGCUUUUCUAGCGUUAAUGUCUCUUGGCUUUAUUUAAGGCAGUAUUAAAGGGUUUCCUGACUGACAGAACUGGACCUGUAACUUUAAGCCACACUCUAAGAUGUGCAUACCAUCAAAAAAUAAUAUGAAGCUAAGAAAAAGCAUUUGUUUACAAAGUGACAACAACAAUAUAAACAACGGAGCAGUAGCCGAUGUUAGUUUUUUGUUACAAUGAUGGAUUUUGUACAAAUAAAACAAGGACGUUAUGUAUGUGAUUUUUAUUUAAUGGUAUUUUAGAGGCAUGGGUAUGGCUGGUGUGGCAUCUGUUUAUUUUAAUUGGUUUUGGCCGUGUUUCAGUCGCAUUGCACAAAUUAUUAGACCUUUACAUCAUAUUAAUUGGGUUCCACAAGUUGAUUAAAAUGCAUGAGCUGACACACACCCCAAAACGUUUGUGGAGGUUCUGACUAAUGGAGGGUAAAUUACAAAAAUAUAAUAAGAAAGUUGCACACUAAAGAUGCUCUCAACAUUUUAAUGGGUACACCUAACCAAUGUUGUUCUGGAUGCAAUUAAAGACUUUAAGUCUGGGAAAACUCCAGGGUUGGAUGGCAUACCAGUCGAGGUAUACCAAACCUUUUUUGAUAUACGCAGAGGACCGUUAUUAGCAUGUUUUAACCACUCCUAUGUAAAUGGUAGAUUAUCAGACACUCAAGAAGAAGGUCUGAUGUCAUUAUUACUGAAACAGGAUACAAGUGGAAAAUAUAAAGAUCCAGUCCAUUAAAAAAAUUGGAGGCCCCUUACACUUCAGUAUUGUGAUGCAAAAUGUAUAGUGCAUAGAAUUAAAAAGGUAUUGUCGGACAUUAUUCAUUCUAAUCAGACAGGUUUUUUACAUGGACGAUACAUUGGAGAUAAUAUAAGGCAAGUACUGAAAACAAUAGAACACUAUGAAAAAUCUGGGAAACCAGGCCUGCUAUUAAUAGCAGACUUUGAAAAGGCAUUUGAUAAAGUAUGACUGGGGUUUAUAUAUAAAUGCCUGGAGCAUUUCAAUUUAGGAGAAUCUCUUAUAAAUUGGGUUAAAAUCAUGUAUAGUAACCCUAGGUGUAAAAUAGUAAAUAAUGGCUAUUUCUCAAAGUUUUAAACUGUCAAGAGGAGUGAAACAAGGUUGUCCACUAUCGGCAUAUCUAUUUAUUAUGGCCAUCAGAUCCAACAAUAAUAUCAAGGGAUUAGAAAUCCAGGGCUUAAAAACAAAGGUGUCAUUGUACGCUGAUGAUUCAUGUAAAUAAUGCAACAAAUAUUGCAACAAAUAUUGUGGUUAAACUCAAAUAUACUAAUUGAUACAAAAUGUUUAAAAAAGGUAUAAUCUUUGUAAAUGAUAUCAUAGGUAGGACUGGUGAAGUUAUGUCACACAUGCAGCUAACAAAAACAUGGAAAUGUCUACUCUACCCAAAAUUACAACCAAAUAAUUGCAGCAUUACCGCAAAAAUGGAAGAGCAAAGUGGAAGGGGGAAAAAGUAAGGAACUUGUCUGUCGGCCUUGCAUUAAAUAACCUAAUUAGUUAAAGAAAACUGAUAAAUAAAGAAAGUAUACCACAUUUUACAUUAUUUUUUUUACAUUUUAGUCAUUUAGCAGACACUCUUAUCCAGAGCGACUUACAGUUAGUGAGUGCAUACAUUAUUAUUUAAAAAAAAUAUAUAUAUAUAUACACUGGCCCCCCGUGGGAAUCGAACCCACAACCCUGGCAUUGCAAACGCCAUGCUCUACCAACUGAGCUACAUCCCUGCCGGCCAUUCCCUCCCCUACCCUGGACGAAGCUGGGCCAAUUGUGCGCCGCCCCAUGGGUCUCCCGGUCAUGGCCAGCUAUGACAGAGCCUGGAUUCGAACCACUCUGGAGGCGCCAGUUUCACUUAAGGACCAAAGGAUUGACAGCCAUCCCAUAUAGAUUGCAAAAUAGUUGGGAAGAGAUUUUUGACGUACCGAUUCCAUGGCAUAGUGUUUAUGAACUGAUACGCAAAACGACGGCGGAUUCAAAACUUCGAAUUUUAAUUACUAUAUAAAAAUCUUGCUACCAAUAGAAUGUCAUUUAUAUGGGGGAUACAAUCUUCCCAGCUCUGCAGAUUUUGCUGCGAAGAGACAGAAUCAUUAGAUCAUUUGUUUUGGUACUGUCCAUUUGUAGCUUGUUUUUGGACACAGGUCCAGGAAUGGCUAAAGGAUUGCAAUAUUUACCUGGAGCUAACCCUGCAGAUAACAUUACUGGGUGAUCUGAAAAGUCAUAGUCAAUCGAUCAAUAAUAUAAUAAUACUUUUAGCAAAAAUGUUUAUUUUCAAUUUACAAUCUGUAGAAACAAUGAGAAUAGGAAGGUUCAGAAUUUUAGUAAAACAUCACAGUACAGUUGAAAAAUAUGGCAAAUAGAUAUCCAAUAUGUAUGGUGUUAAGAGAUGGAUGGAGUUGAAGGAUGGGACUAAUAACAACUAACAACAAUUAAUAACAACAAGAUAACUAAUAAUGUAAGCAUACUGUGUCCCUAAUAAGUAUAUAGGUUAUAGGUUGAGAGCUGUGAAAGAGCACAGUUAGAAAGAUAUGGCAUAUAGAAGCAAACCGGAUGGACAUCAUGAAAAUGAUCAGAGAGUUUGAGGGUAGAGGAAGUUCAGGAGUAAAAACAAACAAAAUAUAAUUAUUGUAAAAUUGACUGUGUCCAUAACAUGUACAGUGGGGAGAACAAGUAUUUGAUACACUGCAGAUUUUGCAGGUUUUCCUACUUACAAAGCAUGUAGAGGUCUGUAAUUUUUAUCAUAGGUACACUUCAACUGUGAGAGACGGAAUCUAAAACAAAAAUCCAGAAAAUCACAUUGUAUGAUUUUUAAGUAAUUAAUUUGCAUUUUAUUGCAUGACAUAAGUAUUUGAUACAUCAGAAAAGCAGAACUUAAUAUUUGGUACAGAAACCUUUGUUUGCAAUUACAGAGAUCAUACGUUUCCUGUAGGUCUUGACCAGGUUUGCACACACUGCAGCAGGGAUUUUGGCCCACUCCUCCAUACAGACCUUCUCCAGAUCUUUCAGGUUUCGGGGCUGUCGCUGGGCAAUACGGACUUUCAGCUCCCUCCAAAGAUUUUCUAUUGGGUUCAGGUCUGGAGACUGGCUAGGCCACUCCUGGACCUUGAGAUGCUUACGGAGCCACUCCUUAGUUGCCCUGGCUGUGUGUUUCGGGUCGUUGUCAUGCUGGAAGACCCAGCCACGACCCAUCUUCAAUGCUCUUACUGAGGGAAGGAGGUUGUUGGCCAAGAUCUCGCGAUACAUGGCCCCAUCCAUCCAUCCUCCCCUCAAUAUGGUGCAGUCGUCCUGUCCCUUUUGCAGAAAAGCAUCCCCAAAGAAUGAUGUUUACACCUCCAUGCUUCACGGUUGGGAUGGUGUUCUUGGGGUUGUACUCAUCCUUCUUCUUCCUCCAAACACGGCGAGUGGAGUUUAGACCAAAAAGCUAUAUUUUUGUCUCAUCAGACCACAUGACCUUCUCCCAUUCCUCCUCUGGAUCAUCCAGAUGGUCAUUGGCAAACUUCAGACGUGCCUGGACAUGCGCUGGCUUGAGCAGAGGGACCUUGCGUGUGCUGCAGGAUUUUAAUCCAUGACGGCGUAGUGUGUUACUAAUGGUUUUCUUUGAGACUGUGGUCCCAGCUCUCUUCAGGUCAUUGACCAAGUCCUGCCGUGUAGUUCUGGGCUGAUCCCUCACCUUCCUCAUGAUCAUUGAUGCCCCACGAGGCGAGAUCUUGCAUGGAGCCCGAGGUUGAUUGACUGUCAUCUUGAACUUCUUCCAUUUUCUAAUAAUUGCGCCAACAGUUGUUGACUUCUCACCAAGCUGCUUGCCUAUUGUCCUGUAGCCCAUCCCAGCAUUGUGCAGGUCUACAAUUUUAUCCCUGAUGUCCUUACACAGCUCUCUGUUCUUGGCCAUUGUGGAGAGGUUGGAGUCUGUUUGUUUGAGUGUGUGGACAGGUGUCUUUCAUACAGGUAACGAGUUCAAACAGGUGCAGUUAAUACAGGUAAUGAGUGGAUGACAGAGGAGCCUCUUAAAGAAGAAGUUACAGGUCUGUGAGAGCCAGAAAUCUUGCUUGUUUGUAGGUGACCAAAUACUUAUUUUCCACCAUAAUUUGCAAAUAAAUUCAUAAAAAUCCUACAAUGUGAUUUUCUGUAAAAAAAAAUCUAAAUUUGUCUGUCAUAGUUGACGUGUACCUAUGAUGAAAAUUACAGGCCUCUCUCAUCUUUUUAAGUGGGAGAACUUGCACAAUUGGUGGCUGACUAAAUACUUUUUUUCCCCCAAUGUAAUGUGUGUGUGUGUAUAUAUUGUGCAUUCAGAAAGUAUUCAGACCCCAUGACUUUUUCCACAUUUUGUUACGUUACAGCCUUAUUCUAAAAUUGAUGAAACUGUUUUUUCCCCUAAUCAAUCUACACACAAUACCCCAUAAUGACAAAGCAAAAACAGGUUCUUAGAAUCUUUUUUUUUACAACUCAUUUACAUAAGUAUUCAGACCCUUUACUCCGUACUUUGUUGAAGCACCUUUGGCAAUGAUUACAGCCUCGAGUCUUCUUGGGUUUGACGCUACAAGCUUGGCACACCUGUAUUUUGGGAGUUUCUCCCAUUCUUCUCUGCAGAUCCUCUCGAGCUCUGUCAGGUUGGAUGGGGAACGUUGCUGCACAGCUAUUUUCAGGUCUCUCCAGAGAUGUUCGAUCGGGUUCAAGUCCAGGCUCUGGCUGGGCCAUUCAAGGACAUUCAGAGACUUGUCCCGAAGCCACUCCUUAGUGGUUUUCUUGGCUGUGUGCUUAGGGUCGUUGUCCUGUUGGAAGGUGAACCUUUGCCCCAGUCUGAGGUCCUGAGCACUCUGGAGCAGGUUUUCAUCAAAGAUCUCUCUGUACUUUGCUCCGUUAAUCUUUCCCUCGAUCCUGACUAGUCUCACAGUCCCUGCUGCUGAAAAACAUCCCCAUAGCAUGAUGCUGCCACCACCAUACUUCACCGUAGUGAUGGUGCCAGGUUUCCUCUAGACGUGACGCUUGGCAUUCAGGCCAAAGAGUUCAGCCUUGCUUUUAUCAGACCAGAUCAUCUUAUUUCUCAUGGUCUGAGAGUCCUUUAGGUGCAUUUUGUCAAAUUGCAAGCAGGCAUUUUACUGAGGAGUGCCUUCUGCCUGGCCCCUCUACCAUAAAGGCCUGAUUGGUGGAGUGCUGCAGAGAUGGUUGUCCUUCUGGAAGGUUAUCCCAUCUCCACAGAGGAACUCUGGAGCUCUGUCAGAGUGACCAUCGACCACCGUUUUUUAUUUGUUAUACAUUUGCAACAAUUUCUAAAAACCUGUUUUCGCUUCAUCAUUAUGGGGUGUUGUGUGUGUAGAUAUAUGAGGAGAAAUAAACAAUUUAAUCAAUUUUAGAAUAAGACUAACGUAACAAAAUGUGGAAAAAGUCAAGGGUUCUGAAUACUUUCCGAAUGCACUGUAUACAACAAUACAACCGUUUGUUAAUAUCAAAAGUGUCACUACCGCAACAAAAUACAAUUCUGUAUCAAUAUUAACCGGUUUUGUAUCAGUAUUGACCGUUUCAGGUAUGGCAAUUUCUGCGUAUUUUCCACUUUUCCAAAUCAACAGAUACACAAUCCGAAAAUCAUAUAAUACAAUCCAGAAUAUCCGAAUGUGUAUAUAAUUGAGAAAUUAUACAUGUACGGUUUUGACACUUCUUGACCACAUUUAGAUUUUCAGAGUUUAACUCAUAUUCUCAAGCAAAGGCACACCUGAUAAAGAAUCUCAGCUAAGUGACCAUAAGGUCUGUUGAUCCUCUUAAAGGGCCAGUGCAGUCCAAAACAUGAUUUUCCUGUGAUUUAUAUAUACUGUAUAUGUUUUUACACUAUGAGGUUGGAAUAAUACUGAAAUUGUGAAAAUUAUGAUAAUGCCCUUUUAGUGUAAGAGCUUUUUAAAAAGGCCGCCUGAAAUUUCUGGUUGUUUUGCAAGGAAGGGGGUUUGGACCACCUGGCGACAUCACCAGAUGGUAUAAGUUAAUAGACCAAUAACAAAGAGAGUUUGCCCUGCCAAUAAUAGCUAUAUAUCAGGUUACAUGUCCCUCCCAUUAGGCUCCUCCAAUUAUACACAAGAAUGGAGCUAUAAACAGGGAGCACCAGUUCCAGAUCGAUGUGCAGUGAGGUACGAGGUAGAUAUGUACAUGAAGGCAGGGUAAAGUGACUAGGCAUCAGGAUAGAUGAUAAUACGAGUAAAAUAAAGAACAGAGUAGCAGCAGCAAAUUAGUGUAAUGUGUGUUUGUGUGUGCAUAUGUAGUGUGUGAAUGUGUGUGGGAGUGUCAAUGUAGUGUGUAUAUAUAGUCUAGUGAGUGUGCAUAGGGUCAGUGCAGAUAGUAUGGGUACCAUUAAUUGACUAUAUAGCAGUAUGGCUAUUUAGCAGUAUUAUUUACAUUUACAUAAUUUAUCAGACCCUCUUAUCCAGAGCGACUUACAAAUUGGAGUUAUGGCUUGGGAUUAGAAGUCAUCUUGGAUAGAAGUUGUCUUGGAGCCUGUUGGCGCCAAGAGCCGAUGCUCCGGGACCAUAGCCGCAGGAAGUAGUUUGGUGGUGCUGCAAUUUUUUGUUGUUGCCUACACUACAGAUUACUAUAUAGGUCUGCUAAUACAGGACUAGUAAAGGCCCAGUGCACUACUGCAGCACCCUCAGCACCCCUACUUCCUGCGGCUAUGUGCCGGAAGGUAGCAGAGUGAACAGUCUUUGGCAUGGGUGGAGUCUGGCAAUUUUUCGGGCCUCCCUCUGACACCGCCUGAUAUAGAGGUCCUGGAUGGCAGGGAGCUCGGCCCCAGUGACGCACCUCUGUGUCAAGGUUUUCGAAAGGCACUCCUUCAGAUAAGUUUUCAAAGCUUUUUUCAAAGUACAUAAUAAACAAAAUGUAGAGCAGAAGUGUUUCUCUGUAAUGUGGAAUACGGAAUUAUGUCAGACAUCACCUGUUCUAUAGAAUACAUUUACUAUGAUUGAUGUGCUUUUAAUUUGAUUGUAUUGAUAACAUCUACUGGGCUGUUUUACAGAGAAACGGUCAUCAAAUGCUGUCCUUCGGCAAGUUAGUUUGAAUUCCUUUCGUUCUAUUUCCUAACAUCUUUCGAUAUAGCAAUAUUCAGUUACGCAGGACGACUUCAAAGAAGACCACCUGGAACUCGACCAUAGUUCCUUGUAGAUGACGUCAUGCUUGGAACUAGCCCACCACUUUGUUUGGUCGACCAAAGGUAUUGAAUUUAGCUCUUACCACUCAUAUAUUAACCAUGUACUAUCUAACUUACUAGCUGCUGUAGGCUACUAUCAACAAAACUAGAUCAACAUUAUCGACAAUGGCAUUGGCAGACGAUGUCGGAUGGCUAUGGUCCCCGGAGGAGACAAAGGCGCUGAUCUCGGUAUGGUCAGACGAACAGAUUCUUCUGAAAAUGGAGCAAACGUGUAGAAACAAACAUGUUUACAGGGAAAUUUCGGAGCGGCUAAAGGACCUUGGUGUCAAACGGACGUGGAAGCAGUGCCAAAAUAAAAUGAAGGCCUUGAAGUAUAGAUACGGACAAACACGCAGAGACCCAUGCAAUAGUGACCGAACGACCUGUCCAUUCUUUUCUGAACUGGACGAAUUUCUCGCUGCCAUGCCUGAUAUGACGGAGUCCAAGGAAACUGGCGAUGCGGAAGGUAAGCAAAGGUUAAAUGUGUAGUUUUCAGUGGCACACCAUCAUAGCUAAUUGUUUUCUUGAACUAUGGAUAGCAAUGACAAAAAAAUAAAUAGAUACGGCUAAAAUAUGGAGUAAUAUUAUUUUAUAUUUCUCAAGAUCUUCAAGAGUUGUAUUAUCGCUGUGUACGUGUCUGAAUUAAAGUGUGUGAGCAAUGUCACAAUUUAGGCCAGUAUUUCUGGCGUAAUGAUGAUGGAACAUAGCUAGUUGGUUUUUGAUCGUUUUAUAGCAUAGAAAAUACAUGUCCAUUGGUUAGAAUGGAAAUUCGUCCGCAGCCUUUCCCAACACCCCAGACGCACACGUUAAGGGUCCAACGCAGCCGUUUAAAAAAAUCUAAAUAUCAAAUCAUUUCUGGGUAACCAUUAAGUACCUUACCACAGAUGGAACAACGAGACAGAUAUUUGACCAGAUAUGUAAAUGUUGAGCAUCUGCUUGGCGUUUCCACUCACUACCAAAUAUACUUUCUGAAUGCACAGUUUUUUCCCUCAAAGUAGCUAUCAGCAAGUUCAGAGCUAGUAAGGGGGGAAAUAUAUCAAACUAAGGUGGGAGAGGGUGCUGUGGGAUUAUUUAAAAUAACAUUUGAAACCCUACCUCUUCAAAGAGUUUCGGAAGAUGGGCAGGGACUCUGCUGUCCUAGCUUCAGGGGGAAGCUGGUUCCAUCAUUGGGGUGCCAGGACUAGGGUUUCCAUUAGCCGGUAAUAGCCGGCUUUUGCCCCCCAUUGCAAAAUAAUGCAUUUUAGCCAAUUAUUUGAUUGAAAUUUCAUAGAAUUCUACUACACUUUAUGUGACUGGUGAAAUUAGCAGAAUCUUUUUUAAUACAACAAAUACUACAGGGUAGCCUACUCUGCUGACACUGACAAACAGAUCAAUAAAAACGACUGUCUGAUCCAUAUUAGGCCUGUGAAAAGGCGAGAAACAAAUACAAUAUGAGGUACAUCUAACCUGGAGGUGGAAAUGUAUUGUCGAAAAGCAAACAAAAGUGGCACUGACCCAAUGAAAAAGACGGUGAAUAUGCACACUCACUGAGGAUAUAGCCGAUGUUCUCCGCUGGUACCAAUAAGAUAAGGCUACUUUUCAGCUCAAUUAAGUUGAGGAUUUUCAUAACUAAAAGACAGAUUGGAGUCUUUUCAUUGUCAUCUCUUUACAGCAAUAAAAGCCAUUUGUUUUCCAAAGAGUUUUUCCGCGAUUGUAUUUUUAAAUAAUGCAAUAUGCCUGGCUGGGUCUCUGCUUUUCACUGACAGUCACAACUCUACAAUCAAUUUCUGUCAUUCUGAGAACAGUGGGUCGACGCCCUAAUCAUUUAACGCAACCAAUGCAUAUAGGUGUGGCACAUUUCUUAAAUGUCCGGUAAAUUAAAAUGCUGCCAGUCAAAUGUCCGGCGCCACAUUUUCCUAACAGAAACCCUGGCCAGGACACAGCGGGAGCUGCACUCCAGUAGGGGUGGGAGGGCCAAGAGACCAGAGGUGGCUGAACGGAGUGCUCGGGUUGGGGUGUAAAGUUUGAGCAUACCCUGAAGUUAGGGAGGGGCAGUUCCUCUUGCUGCUCCGUAGGCAAGUAUCAUGGUGUUGUAGUGGAUGCGAGCUUCGUCUGGAAGCCAGUGGAGUGUGCGGAGGAGCGGGGUGACAUGGGAGAACUUGGGAAGGUUAAACACCAGGCGGGCUGCAGCGUUCUGGAUAAGUUGCAGGGGUUUGAUGGCACAAGCGGGGAGCCCAGCCAACAGCGAGUUGCAGUAGUCCAGAUGGGAGAUAACAAGUGCCUGGAUUAGGACCUGCAUCGCUUCCUGUGUGAGGUAGGGUAGUACUCUACGGAUGUUGUAGAGCAUGAACCUGCAGGAGCAAGUUACUGCUUUGAUGUUUGCAGAGAAUGACAGGGUGUUGUCCAAGUUCUUUGCACUCUGGGAGGGGGACACUGUGGAGUUGUCAACCGUGAUGGAGUGGUCUUGAAGAGGCCUUCCCCAGGAGGAAGAGCAGCUCCGUCUUGUUGAGAUUGAGGUCGGUGGCCGACAUCCAAGCUGAGAUAUCUGCCAGGCACGCAGAGAUGCGUGUCGCCACCUGGGUGUCAGAAGGGGGGAAAGAAAAAAGUAGUGUCAUCCGCAUAGCAAUGAUAGGAGAGACCAUGUGAGGAUAUGAUGGAGCCGAGUGACUUGGUGUAUAGAGAGAAGAGGAGAGGGCCUAGAACCAAGCCCUGGUCACCUGGUAGAAGCGGUCUGCCAUAUAGGAUGCAAUCGGAGAGUGUGCAGAGCCUGAGACGCUCAGCCCUGAGAGGGUGGAGAGGAGGAUCUGGUGGUUCACAGUGUCGAAGGCAGUGGAUAGAUCUAGGAGGAUGAGAACAGAGGAGAGAGAGUCAGCUUUGGCAGUGCGGAGAGCCUCCGUGACACAGAGCAGAGCAGUCUUGGUUGAGUGACCCGUCGCAGUAUUAUUCCAACCUCAUAGUGUGGAAAUUAAACAUUAAGAACACCUGCUCUUUCCAUGACAUAGACUGACCAGGUGAAUGCUUAAUGAUGUCACUUGUUUAAUGCACUUUUUUUGUUUAAGCUUUGAGACAAUUGAGACAUGGAUUGUGUAUGUGGGCCAUUCAGAGGGUGAAUGGGCAAGACAAAAGAUUUAAGUGCCAUUGAACGGGGUAUGCUAGUAGGUGCCAGGCACACCGGUUUGUGUCAAGAACUGCAAUGCUGCUGGGUUUUUCACACUUAACCUUUUUCCUUGUGUAUCAAGAAUGGUCCACCAAUAUUAGGAAGGUGUUCCUAAUGUUUGGUUUAUUCAGUGUAUAUAUACUGAACAAAAAUAUAAAUGCAACAUGCAACAAUUUUACUGAGUUAGAGUUCAUAUAAGGAAAUCAGUCGAAAAAAAAGAAAUAGGCCCUAAUCUAUGUAUUUCACAUGACUGGGGAUCCAGGCCCAGCCAAUCAGAAUGAGUUUUUCCCCACAAAAGGGCUUUAUUACAGACAAAAGUACUCCUCAGUUUCAUCAGCUGUCUGGGUGGCUGGUCUCAGACGAUCCCGCAGGUGAAGAAGACACGGAUGUGGAGGUCCUGGGCUGGCGUGGUUACACGUGGUCUGCGGUUGUGAGGCCGGUUGGAAGUACUGCCAAAUUCUCUAAAAUGAAGUUGGAGGUGGCUUAUGGUAACAUUCAAUUCUCUUGCAACAGCUCUGGUGGACAUUCCUGCAGUCAGCAUGCCAAUUGCAUGCUCCCUCAAAACUUGAGACAUCUGUGGCAUUGUGUUUCUUUCAGCUCAUGAAACAUGGGACCCACACUUUACAUGUUGCGUUUUAUAUUUUUCUUCAGUAUAUAAAACAUAGGAAAAUCAAUUUUUUUGACUGCACUGGGCCUUGGCACAGGGUGCAGCGCCUCUGGAUUGAGAGCAGUUGCUCAAGAACACAACAGCAGGGCCCGCUUUUUCAAAACUUCAGUUUCAGAAAUCAGAUUGAAUUAAAUGUUGGGUAUUUCAAAACAGAAAAUGUUGAAUCUGAUCCUCGGAAUAGGGAUUCGUAUUUGAUAAUCCAAUCUGACCUUUUAUUCAGGGUUAAAUGUUGUUUUUGCGUUUUGAAAAACGCAAAGGCUAUGAUUAGGAUUGUUUUGAUGCCGAUAAACUUGAUCCCACUGGAAGGGUGGAUUCAGGAUGGAUUUAGAAAGUUGAAAGGCACCACAAGCAUGAUAUUUUCAAUGAAACUAAGGUGGGGAGGUUUAAAAAACUUUCUUACAUCUUAAAACCAAAGCUUCAUUAUGUUAAAUUGACUGCAGUAUACAGUGCCGUUGGAAAGUAUUCAGACCCUUGACUUUUUCCACAUUUUGUUACGUUACAACCUUAUUCUAAAAUUGAUUAAAAAAAUUCCCUCAUCAAUCUACACACAAUACCCCAUAAUGACAAAGCAAAAACAGGUUUUUAGAAAAUGUUGCUAAUUUAUUCAAAAUAAAAAACUGAUAUCACAUUUACAUAAGUAUUCAGACCCUUUACUCAGUACUUUGUUGAAGCACCUUUGGCAGCGAUUACAGACUAAAGUCUUCUUGGUAUGACGCUACAAGCUUGGCACGCCUGUAUUUGGGGAGUUUCUCCCAUUCUUCUCUGCAGAGCCUCUCAAGCUCUGUCAGGUUGGAUGGGGAAUGUCGCUGCACAGCUAUUUUCAGCUCUCUCCAGAGAUGUUCGAUCGGGUUCAAGUCUGGGCUCUGGUUGGGCCACUCAAGGACAUUCAUAGACUCAUAGAUUCAUAGAAUCCACUCCUGCGUUGUCUUGGCAGUAUGCUUAGGGUCGUUGUCCUGUUGGAAGGUGAACCUUCACCCCAGUCGGAGGUCCUCAGUGCUCUGGAGCAGGUUUUCAUCAAAGAUCUCUCUGUACUUUGCUCCGUUCAUCUUUCCCUCGAUCCUGACCAAAGACUUCAAUCUUGGAUUCAUCAUACCAGAGAAUCUUGUUUCUCAUGGUCUGAGAGUCUUUAGGUGCCUUUUGGCAAACUCCAAGCAGGCUGUCAUGUGCCUUUUACUGAGGAGUGGCUUCCGUCUGGUCACUCUACCAUAAAGGCCUGAUUGGUGGAGUGCUGCAGAGAUGGUUGUCCUUCUGGAAGGUUCUCCCAUCUCCACAGAGGAACUCUGGAGCUCUGUCAGAGUGACCAUCGGUUCUUGGUCACCUCCCUGACCAAGGCCCUUCUCCCCCGAUUGCUCAGUUUGGCCAGGCGGCCAGCUCUAGGAAGAGUCUUGGUGGUUCCAAACUUCUUCCAUUUAAGAAUAAUGGAGGCCGCUGUGUUCUUGGGGACCUUCAAUGUUGCAGACAUUUUUUUGGUACCCUUCCCCAGAUAUGUGCCUCGACACAAUCCUGUCUCGGAGCUCUACGGACAAUUCCUUCGCCUCAUGGCUUGGUUUUUGCUCUGACAUGCACUGUCAACUGUGGUACUUUAUAUAGACCGGUGUAUGCCUUUCCAAAUCAUGUCCAAUCAAUAUAAUAUACCACAGGUGGACUCCAAUCAAGUUGUAGAAACAUCUCAAGGGUGAUCAAUGGAAACAGGAUGCACUUGAGCUCAAUUUCGAGUCUCAUAGCAAAGGGUCUGAUUACUAAUGUAAAUCAGUUUUUUAUUUGUAAUAAAUUUGCUAACAUUUCUAAACUGUUUUCUCUUUGUUUAUAUUGGGUAUUAUGUGUAGAUUGUGGAGGAGUUUUGAUUUAAAAAAAAUUAAUCAAUUUUAGAAUAAGGCUGUAACGUAACAACAUUUGGAAAAAGUCAAGGGGUUGGAAUACUUUCCGAAGGCACUGUAGGUACAGUAUGUGGUCAGUUGUUAUAUUGAGAAGUGUCAAAUAAAGGCAUGUGCUUACUUGUGAAAUGCAGGCUCUAGUUAAAAAAAAUCUUAGUUACCUAUAUUCAUGUAGGCUCAAGUCUGUUUCACUAUGAAAGUGUAGAAGUAGUUAGGCUACAUAACAUGUCCAGUAGAUGGUCAAUCUCUAGGCUACUGCCACCCACAUUUAGCUACCCAGUAACAAAACAUCACCAUUACGUGUGAGAUCUGAUCAUCUGUAUACUGCAAUUUCAAAAAGUGUGACCUGGAACAGAACCAAAGAUUUUCUUUCCUACUAGGUCGUCCUCUUCCUCUGUCGUCUCUGCGUCUUUUGGUUCCUCCACUGCGGCUGGUGUCUGCAGCUCUGUGGCAAGUUGUUCAGCGGAGAGACACAAUGGACUACGGGUUGGUGGAGGAGUUUGUAACCACUGUGUUGGAGAUAAUCCCUGAUCUGAUGAGUUACAGAGAGAAAGUCCAACUCAUCAUGGGGCUGCGAGCACAGGUGAGAAAUUAAGAGGGGUAUGAUUGAGGUAGAAAGUUGGGUGACAUUGUGUUGUCAAAAUUCCCUACAGACUGAAAUUGAUGUUUGAUGUUAUAUUUCACACACCAUGAUCAUUGUUUCAGCCUCUACAGUAAGGGCCCCUACAACUAUACCAUGUUUUUGGUACUAAGUGGAGCUAUGCCAUAUAACUGAUUUACAAUGGGUUUUGCAGGAGGUGGGGCAGGUUGCGCUAGUCCCACAUGGCCAAUCAUAUUAGCUGCACACUCUGAUCACGCCCUCUGUUGUCAAGGUCUGGAUGGAUAGGUGCAGGAGAAGGACUAGUCAGAUAAAGUGCAUUAUUUAGCCAAAAGUGAAACGUUUUAUUAUCAAAUGACAACAUUAAUUGUUGCAAGACACUAAACAGAAGUUUUCUAUGCCGUAUUGUUUUGACGUCGAAUUACGGUAGUUUAUAUUUAGCUCUCACGUUAGAUGCCCAUGAUAUCCAAACAGCUAUGGUCUUCUCAAUGCAAAUAAGCGCCCUUUGGGCGUAGCCAAUAUGGCGAGGGAGUGACAUGGCUUCCCUUAAUACAGGCUUUGGCUGUACUUUAUAGUAAAUACCUCCUACUAUAACGUUCCUAUACCGUACUCACUGCCAGAUUGGUUUGUAUCCAAAAUGUUUGUGUUACCUGUUUGUUGUUGACAGCUGGUUCUGGAGUUGUGUCGCUCUGAUCAUUCAGCUGACCUGGAGACCAUCCAGCCACACCUGAGCAAGAUGAGGACCUGCAUCAUCACUCAUAGAGAACGGGAGGUGAGUGCCACUCGGUGAUCAAGACUUGUAACUCUGCUGGCUAGGUUCAUUUACUAACUGUGUUAUGUAUACUUGCUGUAGAUAGAUCCACAUGUCGAGGCAUCAGAGUCAAACUUCUUGGAACUUGUCCAAACUCUUCUAGAUGACCCAAUUGAGAGGGAACACUUCUUCCAGGUUGGUGUGAGAACAAUAUUUCUGCUAAACUGACAUUUAAAUCAAGGAGGUAAACUGAACAGCAGUGUGUGUGUGCACAAUCUGGUCCUCAUUCUGAAUGGUGUGGCUGUUGAACAAGUUGAGGAGACUAAAUGACUUGGUGGUACCUUAGAUUGUAAACUGUCAUGGUCAAAACAUAUAGAUUCAAUGGUUGUAAAGAUGGGGAGAGGUAUGUCCAUAAUAAAGAGAUGCUCUGCUUUUUUGACACCACACUCCAAAAAGCAAGUCCUGCAGGUUCUAGUUUUGUCUUAUCUUGAUUACUGUCCAGUCAUAUGGUCAAGUGCUACAAAUACAUACCUAGUUAAGCUGCAGCUGGCCCAGAACAGUGGCAUGUCUUGCUCUUCAUUGUAAUCAGAGGGCUAAUAUUAAUAGUAUGCAUGCCAGUCUCUCUUGGCUAAGAGUUGAGGAGAGACUGACUGCAUCACUUCUUCUUUUUAUAAGAAGCAUUAAUGUGUUGAAAAUUCCAAAUAGUUUGCAUAGUCAUCUUACACACAGCUCUGACACAAACACAGUUACCCCACCAGACAUGCCACCAGUGGUCUUUUCAAAGUCCCCAAAUACAGAACAAAUUCAAGAAAGCGUACAGUAUUAUAUAGAGCCAUUAUUGCAUGGAACUCCCUUCCAUCUCAUAUUGCUUAAAUGAACAGCAAACCUGGUUUAAAAAAAACAGAUAAAGCAACACCUCACGGCACAACGCCUCUCCCCUAUUUGACCUAGAUAUUUUGUGUGUGUACUGAUAUGUAGGCUAUGUGUGCCAUUUUUAAAUAUAUGUAGUUCUGUCCUUGAGCUGUUCUUGUCUAUUAAUGUUCUGUAUUAUGUCAUGUUUUGUGUGGACCCCAGGAAGAGUAGCUGCUGCUUUCGCAACAGCUAAUGGGGAUCCUAAUAAAAUACCAAAAAUGAUAUUCCUUUGAAAUCCUCAUAACUGACACAUCAGUACUACUGGACCUCAACUUGUAUGCAUUAGCUAAUAUUGAGUUGAUGUAUAGCUACAGUGCAUUCGGAAAGUAUUCAGACCCCUUGACAAAGCAAAAACAGGUUUUUAGAAAAUGUUGCAUAUGUAUAAAUUACAUCUGAAAUAUUACAUUUACAUAAGUAUUCAGACCCUUUACUCAGUACUUUGUUGAAGCACCUUUGGCAGCGAUUACAGCCUUGAGUCUUCUUGGGUAUGAUGCUACAAGCUUGGCACACCUGUAUUUGGGAACUUUCUCCCAUUCUUCUCUGCAGAUCCUCUCAAUCUCUUUCAGGUCUCUCCAGAGAUGUUCGAUCGGGUUCAACUCUGGGCUGUGGCUGGGCCACCCAAGGACAUUCAGAGACUUAAUAAUAAUAAUAUGCCAUUUAGCAGACAUUUUUAUCCAAAGCAACUUACAGUCACGUGUGCAUACAUUUUUACGUAUGGGUGGUCCCGGGGAUCGAACCCACUACACUGGCGUUACAAUCGCUAUGCUCUACCAAUUGAGCUACAGAGGACUUGUCCCGAAGCCACUCCUGCGUUGUCUUUGCUGUGUGCUUAGGGUUGUUGUCCUGUUGGAAGGUGAACCUUCGCCCCAGUCUGAGGUCCUGAGCGCUCUGGAGCAGGUUUUGCCACCACCAUGCUUCACCGUAGGGAUGGUGCCAGGUUUCCUCCAGACAUGACGCUUGACAUUCAGGCCAAAGAGUUCAAUCUUGGUUUCAUCAGACCAGAGAAUCUUGUUUCUCAUGGUCUGAGGGUCCUUUAGGUGCUUUUUGGCAAACUCCAAGCGGGCCGUCUGGCCACUCUACCAUAAAGGACUGAUUGGUGGAGUGCUGCAGAGAUGGUUGUCCUUCUGGAAGGUCCCCCAUCUCCACAGAGGAACUCUGGAGCUCUGUCAGAGUGACCAUCGGGUUCUUGGUCACCUCCCUGACCAAGGCCCUUCUCCCUCGAUUGCUCAGUUUGGCCCGGGCGGCCAGCUCUAGGAAGAGUCUUGGUGGUUCCAGACUUCUUCCAUUUAUGAAUGAUGGAGGCCACUGUGUUCUUGGGGACCUUCAAUGCAGCAUCAAUUUGUUGGUACCCUUCCCCAGAUCUGUGUCUCGACAUAGUCCUGUCUUGAAGCUCUACGGACAAUUCCUUUGACCUCAUGGCUUUGUUUUUUCUGACAUGCACUGUCAACUGUGGGACCUUAUAUAGACCGGUGUGUGCCUUUCCAAAUGUCCAAUCAAUUGAAUUUACCACAGGUGGACUACAAUCAAGUUGUAGAAACAGCUCAAGGAUGAUCAAUGGAAACAGGAUGCACCUGAACUCAAUUUCGAGUCUCAUAGCAAAGGGUCUGAAUACUUCUGUAAAUAAGGUAUUUCUGUUUUUCCAAAUUUUCCAAAAACCUGUUUUCGUUUUGUCAUAAUGUGGUAUUGUGUGUAGAUUGAUGAGGAAAAUGUUUUAUUUAAUCAAUUUUAGAAUAAGGCUGUAACGUAACAAAAUGUGGGGAAGGGGUCUGAAUACUUUCAGAAUGCACUGUACUAAUAAAAAAAUAAAAAACAUUUUUAGUAAUUUAGCAGACGCUCUUAUCCAGAGCGACUUACAGUUAGUGAGUGCAUACAUUAUUUAUUUUGAUUUUGAUUUUACUUUUUUUCAUACUGGCCCCCCGUGGGAAUCAAACCCACAACCCUGGCGUUGCAAACGCCAUGCUCUACCAACUGAGCUACAUCCCUGCCGGCCAUUCCCUCCCCUACCCUGGACGACGCUGGGCCAAUUGUGCGCCGCCCCAUGGGUCUCCCGAUCGCGGCCGGCUACGACAAAGCCACUCGGUGUCAAUAGGAUGCCUCACUCAAUUAAGAAUGCAUUCAUUUAAUCUGUUGUACACCACUCAAAUGCAAUGUGUCUUCUAGGAAGUUUUUCCAGAAGAAUUCGGCCCCAUGUAUGACACAGCACUGCAGACUCUGAUGUGGGAGUUCCUCUCCAGGCUGGAGAAGCUGCUUCCAACACCAACAUUUCAACAGGUAGGUGCAAUUUGGGAAGAGACAAUAGUGGCGGUCUUGGCCUAUUUGAAUUGAUGUUGUCAUAUUGCUGAGUCUACCAUAGCUUACUGUUGCGAUUUGGUCAAUUGGAUUUGUUGCAUAUUUAAAAACACCUCCCCUUCUCAGACUGCAUCAUGGCUCAGACCUGCCCCCUCUAUGCUGAAGGAGUGUGCACAGUCUGUGACUCAACCUCAGCCUUUGAAGACCCUUCUCCAGCACCACAGAUGCCAUGACCAUUUGUUCACUAAUGGUAGGCUUUUUUACAGCUCUGUUUUCAUCCAGUGGAAAAUAAAAGUUGUAUUACAUUUAAACCAUGUUUGUAACCACCUGCAAGAGACUAAACAGGCCUGCUACACUGGACGUGUAACUUUUGCAGAGAUUCUCCCAUUGUUUGAAAGGAAACCUGGGCAUAAGCAGCGAGGGCUAUGGGUGAAUUUACGCUCUGUUUCUAUUUUCAAGAUAUCGAUUUGGUAAAGACCUGAGGGAUAGUGCUGGAAAGAUUUAAUCGCUCAUAUUUCUGAACAGAGUUAUGGAUGCAAGGACUGACCAUCCAUGAUACCAACAUUAUAGUUUUAACCAUGUUUUGAGGCUAUACAGUGUUUUACAAUUAUGUUGUUUACAAACAAUGGAGUAAAACAAGCUUAUAUUUAGUUCUGAUGGGGUACGACAGUUGAACUAAGCUCAUGGGACAUUUCUGAGUUAUAUUCUUCAAGAAUCAAUGGGUAUAAUAAGGAAUUUAAAGGUUUAAAAAAAUAUGUAGCAUUUACGAGAAGAAAACAUUUUAUUGUUCUCUCUUUUCCACUGUUUCAGCUCAUUCUUCUUGUGCCGAUGAUCGCAUCCUCUCUUCACUGUCUCAAACGCUCUCAGAGAGGGUGGAAAUGGACAUUGAUGAAGCACGCUCACAUAGCCAGUCUAUAGCCACAUGUGCACCCAGAAAUGAAAGGGACACUUUGAUAGAGCAAGAUAAUGCAGAGAAGGAGCGGGGGAUGAGUUUGGACACGGUUAAGAUGGCAGUGGAAAUGAUAGAUAGAAGGACAGAGGAAUGGGGAGAGAACAACUAUGAGGAGAGACUGCAACAUCAGUUGGCUUAUGAUGUUUUACAGGUAGAGAUUGUAGAUGGAGAAGACAUGUCCUCAACGUCAUUGACAACAGCCGACAAUGUCGGAGGGACCUGGUCCCCAAAGGAAACAGAAGCGCUAAUCUCUGUAUGGUCAAACAAACAGAUUCUUCAGGAGAUGGAACGAAGUUAUAGAAAAAAACAUGUGUAUAGCGAAAUUUCAAAGCAGAUGAAGGACCUUGGCGUCAAAAGGACUUGGAAGCAGUGUCAAACAAAGAUAAAGGACAUGAAGUUCAGCUACAGACAAACACUGAGGAACCCAAGCAGUAGUGGCCGAGUGACCUGUCCAUUCUUUUCUGAACUGCACACAUUUCUUGCCGCCACACCUGAUACAACUGAUAUCCAGUUUCCUGAGUCUAAGGAAACUGGCAAGGUUUCAGUUGCAGAAGUCAAGUCCUCAGAUCAGGAUGAAGGGCCUUCUGUGGAUGUCAAGUUAGAGAAUCUACAUGAGGAAAUGGCUUCCAGAAAAGAGACACACAAGACACUCACCGGAGAGCAAACAGAAGGGAGGAAAUUGGAUGAGGCUUUUCACAGCCCUCAAUGUCACAGCAGAAUGAAAAUCAGAAGAAUAUCCCACCGUUGCGAACAGAUGGUUGAAGACAAGUCAGAUUUGGACCUUCAGCCCGUAGUGCUGUUGACACCACUUGAUGAAACCCUUCUGAUGACAGGUGAGUAAAACAUUUGAUAUAUUACUUAAAACAAUAUAUUAAUUUAUGGAUCUGUGUAGAAAAUGUAUUCCGAGUCUCAAGUUAGGGGUGAGUGACUGUAUCCUCUGUAUCCUUUAACAAUGGUACUUCUCUCCUCUCAACACCAGGUGGUGCUCCUCGUCCUGUUUCCCAUACCACAGGGCAGUCUUCUAAAAGAAGCAAACGUGCCAAAAUAUGCUCCUUAUGUGGGAAGAGUUUUGUUGAAGCAAAAGAUUUGACAACACACAUGAGAACUCACACUGAGCAGAGCCCUCACCAGUGCACCCAGUGUGGGGAAGGCUUUGAACAUCAGGACGACUUACAAAAACAUCAGCAGAAUGAGUGUGAUGAGAUGAUGAACCAACAGGAGGCCAAUGAACACCAGCAUGGAAAGGACAGGAUCUCAGGACAGUCCAGUAAUGCAAGUAGUGAUCCCAAAACAUGCCAUCUAUGCCAUAAGACUUUUGAAUUUCAAUAUGUGUUGAAAGAUCGUCGUAUUGUAUUUCACAAAGGAAAAAGCCUUUAUAAGUGUCCUCUGUGUAUGAAGGGUUUUGGGAAAGACAGGAGUAAAAAAAGAGGUUGUCCUUCAAGUGAAGUCUUCAAAAAAAGGAGGGAGCUAGGGUCAAAUGAAAACGUUGUCAGACUGAACUCGACCCGCAACAAGUGCCCUGACAUCUUCAAGUGCUCCUUUUGUGAAGAGAUAUUUUCUCGGUGCAUGGACCUGAAGAGCCACUACAGUCGUACUCAUCAAUUUACGGGACCAUUCCCCUGCCCUUCUUGUCAGAAGACUUUUGUUUCAUUAACUGAGCUGCGCUUACAUCAAAGAAAUGAGUCCACGCCUUACCAAUGCUCUGUGUGCCAGCGAUCAUUCUUAUCACUCGAUAAGCUGACUGUUCAUGAGAGAAUUCACACAGGGGAAAAACCGUACCUCUGUGUUGAGUGUGGAAAAGGUUUCCGGGAUGCAAAAACCCUGGAAGAACACUCUAAGAUUCAUGUUGAGGGAGAACUCCACACCUGCUCCCAUUGUGGGAAAAGUUUCAAGAGAAAAGAGCUAUUGAAACAACACAUGUUAAAUCACAAAGAUGCUGCUUUCGUCUGCCCAGACUGUGGUAAGAAGUUUUUUCGGUUGGUAUGGUUAAGAAGGCAUAUGUUAAUGCACACUGGCGAAAGACCAUUCCUCUGUGAUCUCUGCGGGAAGGGUUUCAAAUCUACAGUUGAAUUGAGGUUACACACCCGGACACACACUGGAGAACGGCCAUUCAAGUGCCCAGAAUGUGAAAGAAGUUUUAAGCAGAAGUGUCAUCUGCAGAUGCAUCGGCGGACGCACACAGGGGAGCGGCCGUAUCCAUGCACCGUGUGUGAUAAACGCUUUUAUGUCAGCAAAGAUAGAAAACGACAUAUGCUCAUCCAUACUGGAGAGAAGCCGUUCAAAUGUCAAGUAUGUGGCAUGGCUUUCAACCGUAAAGGGCAUUUGAGGGUACACCAACAAACCAAGAGGUGUUCAUAUAGGCACACAAGUCCCCUACAUAACACAUAAUUAUAAUAAUAAGUGGUUUCCUGACUGUGACAGAACUGGGCCUGUUCCUUUGAUCCACACUCUUAACAUGUGCAUACCAUCAAAUAAUAAUAUGAAGCUAAGAAAAAGCAUUUGUUUACAAAGUGACAACAAUAUAAACAAUGGAGUAGUAGCCUAUGUUAUUUUUUGUUACAGUUAUGAAUUUUGUAAAAAGAAAUUAACCUAAACAAGGACUUAUUAUGUAUGUGACUGUUAUUAAAUUGUAUUUUAAAGUUAUGGGCAUAGAAUCUGUUUAUUUGAGUUGUUAGUUAGGUCAUUCCUUUAUCUUUAGGGAAAAAAUGGUUUUAUUCUAUCAGAAAAAGGACAUGUUUGACUUUCAGAAAAACAUAUUGGUCAAGCUCAGGCACUUAAAUGUUUAGGUGCAUUUUCCAACCUGUUAGGUACAUAAUCCUAAUAGGGUCGAACAUAAAGGUGGAAAUGUGGAACCUAAAUUAGCCAUAGCUCUGUAAGGGAGCACGAUAGAGGUAGCAUAAUGGUGAACACUUGAACAGGAUUUUAACUUCUCUAUCAAACUUUUUAACAUUUUGAGGAAUGUGAGUGGGACAUAUAGAAUAACAACAUGGGAAAAAUAGAUAAAACAGUGUUAUAUUUAUUUAGGUUUGUUCCGUUGUUUUCCCACCAAAGAAAUGAUGACACUUCCUGAAUAGAGAUAAAUAGUAUUGGCGUCUUUUUGUAGGCACUAACUCCGCCAUGGUUCGUUGGACAAAGCCUAUGGGGAUAUGAAUGGCAUCUUUGUAGAGUUUUUGGAUAAACGCCGAAAAUAAGGUCUGUGGUAAACACAUGCUUAGGAGCUCUUAUACGUUUUGUUCUAUGAGAUAAUCUUCAUCAGCUAACGUCACUUUUUGUGAAUUUUGAAGCGUUUAUAUAAUUUAAAAAAGCACAAAGGCUUUAUAAUUCAUAAAGGUCAUGUUAACUGACUGAUUUUAUCUCAUAGAACAAAACGUGUAUAAGAUCUCCUGAGCCUGUGUUAACCUCAGACCUUAUUAUCGGCAUUUAUCCCAAAACUGAACAAACUAGACUCAUUUCCGCUUUUUAGGACUAGAAGCUGGCGAGCCGUAUUACAAUAAACUAACAGGAUGGAAAGUGAUAUUAGGGACACACAGAAAACCUUAAAUAAAAUAAUAAUCAUGAAUACAAUAAUCAUGAAAUAACCUUUAUUGAUGAGAGAGAAUUUAACUAGGACUAUAAAAUAAUGAAGACACAUUUAAAAUAUUUUAUUUUAUGGGUUCUAUUUCUCAUGGAAUGUUUUAUAUAUUUUUUUAUUUAGCAGACUCUCUUAUCCAGAACGACUUACAAUAGUGAGUGCAUUCAUUUUCAGACUUUAUUAUUAUUGAUUUCUUCUCGAAGUUGAUGAAUAACACUCGGGGACAUGGCAAAAACGCUUACAUCCACUGAAAAAAAGUGUUCAAAAUGCAUAACAUUCCCUUUCAAGAUCCAUAUUUUUGUGUUUUUAAGGUAGGACACAUGACCUUUAUAUAUAAAGCAUUUUGGAAUCGACAUUUUACACUAAAUAAGAGUUAUAUUUCUCGGGAACAGAAAAAGCACCACAUUGUAGGAAUGACCCUGUUGGUUUUGGCUGCAUUUCAGGGCAGCUGCAUUUCAGUCAUAUUGCACAGAUGAUCAGACUUAAGUCAUAUUGGUUGGGUUCUUGUAUUGUUCAACACCACCUCAACAUACAUAUUUGGGGGGACCUAAAUCAAAUUGUAACCCCUGGAAGUGCCCUGUCGGUAAUUCAGCCCUGAUUACUACAAGGUUUAGAUAGCUGGCAAGACUAAUUUACCUAGGAAUCUAUAAAAUGUUAGCUGACAUGGGCUAAUUGAGUGGCUGACAGUGACUGGCAUAACAAGAGGAAAACUACUGAUGCAAUACAAAAUUUGAAAAUUGCCACCUUGUGUAUUCUACUAUUCUAACUACCAACAGUAAGUUGAGACUGAGUUCGUACAUUUAAAAAAAUAAUAACCACAAGGCCCCCUUCCCUGAUGGUAAGUCUGCCACUGAUAACUAAACCAUAGGACAAAUGGUAAGCCAUAUUGCGUAAACAUUUUAAUUAAUAGGUAUAUUAUGGAACAUGAAGGCACUCUUUCAGAGAACUUUUCAAAGUACUUCAGAAAUAUAAAAUGUAGAACAGACACAUUUUAUUGGUCACAUACAUAUUUAGCAGAUGUUAUUGCGGGUGUAGCGAAAUGCUUCUAUAGAAUAGAUUUAUUAUGAUGAAAUUGAACUCCGUAUGCAGACAUUGAUACCAUCUUCUGGACUGUUUUACAGAGAAAUUGAAAUCAAACGUACUUCGUCAAAUUAGUUCGUAUUCCUUUCCAUUUCUAACAUCUUUGGCAAUAUUCAGAUACGCAGCACGACUGCAAAGAAGACCACAUGGAACUCGACCAUGGUUCCUUGUAGAUGACGUCACGUCUGGAAGUAGCCAGCCAAAGAGGUAGUCGUCAACUGUUUAGGCGACCAAAGCUUUUUAACUUAGCUAGGUACUACCACUAAUAUGAACCUUGUACUAUCUAACUUACUAGCUGCUGCAAGCUAUUAUCAACUAAACUAGAUCAACAAUGUCAUUGGCAGACGAUGUCGGAUGGACAUGGUCCCCGGAGGAGACAAAGGCGCUGAUCUCCGUAUGGUCAGACGAGCAGAUUCUUCUGAAGAUGGAGCAAACGUACAGAAACAAACAUGUUUACAGGGAAAUUUCUGAGCGGCUAAAUGACCUUGGUGUCAAACGAACGUGGAAGCAGUGUCAAAAUAAGAUGAAGGCCUUGAAGUGGAGAUACAGAGAAACACUGAGGAACCCAAGUAGCCGACCGUGCCCAUUCUUUUCUGAACUGCACGAAUUUCUCGCCGCCAUGCCUGAUAUGCCUGAGUCCAAGGAAACUGACGAUGAGGAAGAUAAUGGUAAGCAAAUAAGGUUAAAUGAAUAGUGUUCAGUGUCACACUAUUAAUGUGAAAAGAUCUGAUGUGAUUGGUGGAAAAAAUAUAUAUAAAAAUUGUGUAAACCCAGUCACACAGAUCAUCAUCUUCAAGUGUUUAAGGAUGCGUUUAGAUGGGCAGCCCAAUUCUGAUAUUUUUUUUCACUAAUUGGUCUUUUGACCAAUCACAUCAACUCUUCUCACAACAGAUCUUUUUCAGAGCUUAUCUGAUUGGUUAAAAGACCAAUUAGUGAAAAAAAGAUCAGAAUUGGGCUGCCUGUCUAAAGAAUGUAACCUUGUCCCCAGGCUUAAUUGCUACCACAUAUAGGUUCAAGAGAGAGAGAGCUGACUGGUGGACAAGAUUAGUUCAAAUGGAAAUUCGUCCUCUGCUUUUCCCAAUACCCCAGACACACAUGUUGAGAGGCACAGUGUGCAGCACCCCUGGAUGGAGAACUGUUGUGGGGGGGGUUAAGUGCCUUGCUCAAGAAUACAACAGUGCCCAGUUUUUCAAAACAAUCGGCAAUCAGAUUGCAUUUAGGGCUGGCCAAUUAGUCAUCCAAAAUUCCAUGACUGUCACAGCCCUGAUUUGAUUAAAUUUUAGAAUUGGGUAUUUCAAAACUGAAAAAUAAGAUUCUGAUUCUCCAAAUAGGGAUUUCGUAAUCCAGGCUGAACUUUUUAAUAGGGAUGAAAUGUUGUUUUUGCGUUUUUCAGAACUCAAAGUAGUGAGUUGGAUUGUUUUGAUGCAGAAAAUCUGGAUAAUCUUAAUCCCACUGGAAGGGUGGAUUCAGGAUGGAUUUAGAAAGUUGAAAGGCACUACAACUGAGAUAUUGCAAUGCAACUAAGGUGGGGAGGUUUAAAAAUCUUUCUUACAUCUGAAAACCAAAUGUUAAAUUGACUGCGGUAUAGGUCAGGUAUUAUAUUGAGACGUGUCAAAUGCAUGUAGGCUAUAAUUUUUUCUCUUAGUUACCUUAAUUCAUGUAGUUUACUAAUUUCUGUUUCACUAUGACAGUGUAGAAGUAGUAAGAAACUGUCCAGUAGAAGGCAAGCUUCUAGGCUACUGUAUGGAGUGAGAUAGCUGCCAAAAGGUUGAACAUACGUAUCGUAGGACCGUACAAAAAUCCAUACAUAAAUUGUUAGGAUCGUAAGAAAAGCCAUGCGUGAAACAUGAAACGUAAACGUUAAACUAGAUCUGUAACUGUACAAACCCUAUGUUACGACUAUAAAUGAACAUUUACACGUUCAAUUCUGACUUUAUGGCUCCCUUUACUCGGUUACAGAUCUUUUUAAUACGUACAAACUUUUGUCAGUAACGUGGCAUCUGCAAAUUACAUGAACCGAACAUAGCUAGUCGAAGUUAGCUAGUCAAUCAAGCAACUCUAGCCCAGACGUUAGAGCUGCUUUGCAACUUCCGGUUUCAUUUCCAAAGUAAAAGUCUCUAGAGCUUGUUUUAAAACUGCAUUCAAUAACGACUUUAUACCAGUAGAUGGCUUGGGCUUUCAGCAAAUGACGUGUGAGAAUGAUAGACACAGAAGAGCCUUGUCUAGAAUAACUGCCUGAGCUGCAAAAUAGAAAGUAAAUAUAAUUUAUGCUAGGCCUAUUCUGCUAUCUAAAUAUGCCAUGCUGUUGUGUGUUAUUUAAUGGCCAUAUAAUUGCAUAAUUUAUUUUUAUAGCCGCGUGGGGCUACUGUGGUGAUCAUGUAACCUAAUUAAUCACACUUUUUCCAGUAUUUGGGAGCACGGACUAUAGGCCUUAUAUUAGGCAUUUUGACUGUUGUAUUAGUGAAUUCCACUCUGUAUGUAGGGUUGUUAUAGCCAUUUGCGUUGCACAACCCCAUCGCGUAGAAGCUAUAUUCAUAUCAAUAAAUGAGACAAAACAAAAUGUUGAUUAAGUCUAGGCUAUAACCUGUCCUGAGCGAAAUAGCCAAGGGGUCCCAAAUGGUCAAGACUAUCUAUAGCCUAUUCUUAUUGCCAGAUCUGUUUUCCCUAUCAGCCACUGCAUGUUCUUCAACUAUUUUGUGUAAAAUGUAUUUAGAGGCCACAUUUAGAGGCCUGUGAGCUAGGGUCUCUUUUUAAGCGGUGCCCUAUUAUAAAAACAGUUAUAAAACACAAAUAGUUCAAAAAUUAUUCCGCAAGACACUGCAAUGCCUACAAGUUAAAGGCCUAUGUUUUAUUUGGAUAGGCCUAAAUUAAAGAUUUACUUAUUAAAGUGAUAGGCUAAAGAACUUAGAUAAUUUUGAAUACACACAUGGAUUUCAAUAAACAAAUGGAUAAGACUUCUAUUCACUUCGAUUUAGUUCCUAUUGCAACUCACAAAAUUACUGAAUGGAUGACAUACUGACUGAACUGAAUGAAGGAUGAAUGAAAUGUUCAAAUAUGUUGGAAUGACGAGUUGCAUGCACUUAAUUUGGCUAGUAGGCAAAUAGGCCUACAUUAGGGUAUAAUGACUCCAGAAUGCCUCCAGAAGGGCAUCUUCUGAGGCUGAGGGGUGCUUUUCCCAAGGCGCAUGGUGCUGUGGUGCUGCAUGGAGAUCACAAGCUCUUCAACUGGGCAGCAGUGUCACGAUGGAGGGAAUAGCCUAUAGGGAGACUACCUAAGACCACUGCAACAGAGUUAUUGUAAAGUGUGGGAAUAAGCUUAUGCCAGAUUUAGCCUACGUUUAACCUCUCCCUUAUUCAUUUCAAAGUCCAUAUGUUUAUGACCCGAUUCAUAUAAAUCAUGUCAAAUUAUUUAAAAGUCAUAUUAACCCCUCCUACAGAAUAUGCUUUGGCAAGAUUGAGUGAUAAAAUAAAUAUUGAAAUAUUCUAUAAAUAUAUAUAUAUUUUGAGUGGCAAAGACUCCAGUGGUCAUACAUACUUCAUAGAUUCACCAAACAUAUUUUAUUAUUCUAUGUUUCAUUAUUCCUGGUAGAUAGAUACUACUGGUUACUACUGGUUACUACUGGUUAUUAUUCCUGGUAGAUACUACUGGUUAUGAUUGCAGACAGAGCCCAGAGAAUGGGAUGGUGCAAUAUUAAAUUAGUCAAAUUUUGAUAAGGUGCAUGCAUGGGGAUGUCCACGUCACCCAGCUAUAUGCCCAUGCUGUAGAGAUACACCUAGCGGACUGAAACUUCACUGUUGUAGGCAUAAUACAGCUAGUGCUAUCUAGACUUGCGCUGGCAAACAAAUCCAUUACAUUAGCUACCUAAAUGUGAAGUAAACUCAACUGAGGAGUAAUAGAGAAUGAAGACUUUUAACUUGAAAACAUGCAGGAUACCUCUUUCCGGUUUCCCUGACUUCUGUUUAUUUUUUUAUACUGUGUCAUACUUCUUCGCGUAGCACUCCUCACAGGCCGUUUGGUGAGACAAAACUGCCCAAACUCUGAAAGGUAUUAUUGUACGUCAGAAUUGCAACACAAGAUUUGUUAAAGCCUAAAAUGUUAGUCCGUAAUCGUAACAUGGUGUUUGUGUCUUCACAGAUUAAAUUUCACGUUUACGUUUCACGCAUGGCUUUUCUUACGAUCCUAACAAUUUACGUAUGGAUUUUCUUACGAUCCUAACGAUACAUACGUUCAACCUUUUGGCAGGUAUUUCGCUCCAUACUACUGCCACCGACAUUUAGCUACCCAGCAACAAAACCACUUCAUGACAAAACAUCACCAUUACGUGUAAAAUCGGAUAAUCUGUAAAUCACAAUGAAGAUGGCUUGAACUGUCACUAAAUGUUUACUUUCCUACCAGGUCGUCCUCUUCCUCUGUCUUCUCUGCGUCUUUUGGUUCCUCCACUGCGGCUGGUGUCUGCAGCUCUGUGGCAAGUUGUUCAGCGGAGAGACACAAUGGACUACGGGUUGGUGGAGGAGUUUGUAACCACUGUGUUGGAGAUAAUCCCUGAUCUGAUGAGUUACAGAGAGAAAGUCCAACUCAUCAUGGGGCUGCGAGCACAGGUGAGAAAUUAAGAGGGGUAUGAUUGAGGUAGAAAGUUGGGUGACAUUUGUGUGCAUGUAGGGCUCCCUUGUGAAAGAGACCUUGGUCUCAAUGGGACUCACUGUUAAAAGAAAUGUACAAAUAGAAAAAAUCCGACAGAUUGAAAGAAAAAAAAUCACGUCAAAGUCUAUUGGUCGCGUAUACAGUUUAGCAGAUGUUAUAGUGGUUGCAACGAAAUGCUUAUGUUACUAGCUCCUAACAAUGCAGUAAAAUGUCAAACAAAUACACAAAUAAUACAAAUGUAAUCAUGUUUAAUCAGGCAAUGUUUAAUGUUAUAUUUCCCACACCAUGGCACGAUCAUUGUUUAGUCCUCUACAGUAAGGUCCCCUAAAACUAUACCAUAUUUUUUGUACUAAGUGGAGGUAUGUCAUAUAGCUGAUUUACAAUGGGUUUUGCAGGAUGUGGGGCAGGUUGCGCUAGUCCCACAUAGCCAAUCAUUUUAGCUGCACGCUUUGAUCAUGCCCUCUGUCACGGUCUCUGUUUCCAUGUUAGCCUAACAGCUAUGGUCUUUUCAUGAAAAUAAGCGCCCUGUGGGCGUAGCCAAUAUGGCGAUGGAGUGACAUGGCUUACCUUGAUACAGGCUUUGGCUGUACGUUAUAGUAAAUACCUCCUACUAUUACAUUCCUAUACCAUAUUGGUUUGUAUCCAAAAUGUUUGUGUUACCUGUUUGUUGUUGACAGUUGGUUCUGGAGUUGUGUCGCUCUGAUCAUUCAGCUGACCUGGAGACCAUCCAGCCACACCUGAGCAGGAUGAGGACCUGCAUCAUCACUCAUAGAGAACGGGAGGUGAGUGCCACUCGGUGAUCAAGACUUGUAACUCUGCUGGCUAGGUUCAUUUACUAACUGUGUUAUGUAUACUUGCUGUAGAUAGAUACACAGGUCGAGGCAUCAGAGUCAAACUUCUUGGAACUUGUCCAAACUCUUCUAGAUGACCCAAUUGAGAGGGAACACUUCUUCCAGGUUGGUGUGAGAACAAUAUUUCUGCUAAACAGACAUUUAAAUCUAGGAGGUUAACUGAACAGCAGUGCAUGCACAAUCUAUUCUAUUGAAAUCCUUGUUACUGGCUUACUUCGUACUGCUGAACCUCAACUUGUAUGCAUUAGCUAAUAUUGAGUUGACUUGUAUAGUUACUAAUUAUGUCAAUAGGAUGCCUCACACUCAAUUAAGAAUGCAUUAAUUUAAUCUAUACACCACUCAGAUGCACUUUAAUGUGUCUUCUAGGACAUUUUUCCAGAAGAAUUCGGCCCCAUGUAUGACACAGCACUGCAGACUCUGAUGUGGGAGUUCCUCUCCAGGCUGGAGAAGCUGCUUCCAACACCAACAUUUCAACAGGUAGGUGCAAUUUGGGAAGAGACAAUAGUGGCGGUCUUGGCCGAUUUGAAUUGAUGUUCUCAUAUUGCUGAGUCUACCAUAGCUUACUGUUGCCAUUUGGUCAGUUUAAUUUGUUGCAUAUUUAAAACCACCACUCGUUCUCAGACUGCAUCAUGGCUUAGACCUGCCCCCUCUAUGCUGAAGGAGUGUGCACAGUAUGUGACUCAACCUCAGCCUUUGAAGACCCUUCUCCAGCACCACAGAUGCCAUGACCAUUUGUUCACUAAUGGUAGGCAUUUAUAAGUUAUACAGUGGCUUGCGAAAGUAUUCACCCCCCUUGGCAUUUUUCCUAUUUUGUUGCUUACAACCUGGAAUUAAAUUUGAUUUUUUGGGGGUUUGUAUCAUUUGUUUUACACAACAUGCCUACCACUUUGAAGAUGCAAAAUAUUUUUUAUUGUGAAACAAACAAGAAAUAAGACAAAGAAACAGAGAACUUGAGCAUGCCUAACUAUUCACCUCCCCAAAGUCAAUACUUUGUAGAGCCACCUUUUGCAGCAAUUACAGCUCCAAGUCUCUUGGGGUAUGUCUCUAUAAGCUUGGCACAUCUAGCCACUGGGAUUUUUGCCCAUUCUUCAAGGCAAAACUGCUCCUUCAAGUUGGAUGGGUUCCGCUGGUGUACAGCAAUCUUUAAGUCAUACCACAGAUUCUUAAUUGGAUUGAGGUCUGUGCUUUGACUAGGCCAUUCCAAGACAUUUAAAUGUUUCCCCUUAAACCACUCAAGUGUUGCUUUAGCAGUAUGCUUAGGGUCAUUGUCCUGCUGGAAGGUGAACCUCCGUCCCAGUCUCAAAUCUCUGGAAGACUGAAACAGGUUUCCCUCAAGAAUUUCCCUGUAUUUAGCGCCAUCCAUCAAUCCUUCAAUUCUGACCAGUUUCCCAGUCCCUGCCGAUGGAAAAACAUCCCCUCAGCAUGAUGCUGCCACCACCAUGCUUCACUGUGGGGAUGGUGUUCUCGGGGUGAUGAGAGGUGUUGGGUUUGCUCCAGACAUAGCGUUUUCCUUGAUGGCUAAAAAGCUCAAUUCUAGUCUCAUCUGACCAGAGUACCUUCUUGCAUAUGUUUGGGGAGUCUCCCACAUGCCUUUUGGCGAACACCAAACGUGUUUGCUUAUUUUUGUCUUUAAGCAAUGGCUUUUUUCUGGCCACUCUUCCGUAAAGCCCAGCUCUGUGGAGUGUACGGCUUAGUGGUCCUAUGGACAGAUACUCCAAUCUCCGCUGUGGAGCGUUGCAGCUCCUUCAGGGUUAUCUUUGGUCUCUUUGUUGCCUCUCUGAUUAAUGCCCUUCUUGCCUGGUCCGUGAGUUUUGGUGGGUUGCCCUCUCUUGGCAGGUUUGUUGUGGUGCCAUAUUCUUUCCAUUUUUUAAUAAUGGAUUUAAUGGUGCUCCGUGGGAUGUUAAAAGUUUCUGAUAUUUUUUUAUAACCCAACCCUGAUCUGUACUUCUCCACAACUUUGUCCCUGACCUGUUUGGAGAGCUCCUUGGUCUUCAUGGUGCCGCUUGCUUGGUGGUGCCCCUUGCUUAGUGGUGUUGCAGACUCUGGGGCCUUUCAGAACAGGUAUAUAUAUACUGAGAUCAUGUGACAGAUCAUGUGACCCUUAGAUUGCACCCAGGUGGACUUUUUUUUCUUUUUCCGCAAGAUCUUAUUUAGGGGCUUCAUAGCAAAGGGGGUGAAUACAUAUGCACGCACCACUUUUCCAUUAUUUUAUUUUUUUCACUUCACCAAUUUGGACUAUUACAUGAAAUCCAAAUAAAAAUCCAUUUAAAUUACAGGUUGUAAUGCAACAAAAUAGGAAAAAGGGGGAUGAAUACUUUUGCAAGGCACUGUAUGCUUCAAGAAUCAAUGAGUAUACAGUAUAUAAUUAAAGUCCCAAAAUUGAUGUAGCAAUCACAGGAAGACAAAAUAUUUGAUUGUUUUCUAUUUUUUCCCAAUGUUUCAGCUCAUUCUUCAUUUGCCGAUGAUCGCAUCCUCUCUUCACUGUCUCAAACGCUCUCAGAGAGGGUGGAAAUUGACAUUUAUGAAGCACGCUCACAUAGCCAGUCUAUAGCCACAUGUGCACCCAGAAAUGAAAGGGACACUUUGAUAGAGCAAGGUAAUGCAGAGAAGGAGCGGGGGAUGAGUUUGGACACGGUUAAGAAGGCAGUGGAAAUGAUGGAUAGAAGGACAGAGGAAUGGAGAGAGAACAACUAUGAGGAGAGACUGCAACAUCAGUUGGCUUAUGAUGUUUUACAGGUAGAGAUUGUAGAUGGAGAAGACAUGUCCUCAACGUCAUCGUUGACAGCAGACGAAGUCGGAUGGACCUGCUGGACCCCCGAAGAGACAAAGGCGCUUAUCUCUGUAUGGUCAGAUGAACAGAUUCUUCAUAAAAUGGAGCAAAGUUAUAGAAAAAAACAUGUGUACAGAGAAAUUUCUGAGUGUUUAAAGGAGCUUGGUGUCAAAAAGACGACAAAGCAGUGUCACAAUAAGAUGAAAGCCUUGAAGUGGAGAUACAGAGAAACACUGAGGAACCCAAGUAGCCGACCGUGUCCAUUCUUUUCUGAACUGCACACAUUUCUUGCCGAUAUGCCUGAGUCCAAGGAAACUGGCAAGGUUUCAGAUGGAGAAGUCAUGUCUUCAGAUCAGGAUAAAGGGCCUUCUGUGGAUGUCGAGUUAGUGCAUCUAAAUGAAGAAAUGGUUUCUAGAAAAGUGAAAGACAAGACACUCACCGGAGAUCGAACAGAAGUGAGAAAGAGGGAUGAGGCUUUUUGCAGCCCUCAAAGUGACAGCAAGAUGAAAAUCCCCCCCAAAAAACGUUGUCGCAAACCGAUGGUUGAAGACAUGUCCUCAACAACAUUGGCAGACGGUACACGGGCCUGGACCCUGGAGGGGACGAAAGCACUGAUCUCCAUAUGGUCAAACAAACAGGUUCUUCAGAUGAUGGAGCAAAGUUACAGAAAAAAACAUGCAUACAGUGAAGUUUCAGAGCGGCUAAAGAACCUUGGCAUCAAAAGGACGUGGAAGCAAUGCCAAUCAAAGAUUAAGCACAUGAAGCACAGCUACAGACAAGUACUGAGGAACCCAAGCAGUAGUGGCCGGGCAACCUGUCCAUUCUUUUCUGAACUGCACAAAUUUCUCGCCACCAUGCCUGAUAUGCCUGAGUCCAAUGAAACUGGCAAGGUUUCAGAUGGAGAAGUCAUGUCUUCAGAUCAGGAUGAAGGGCCUUCUGUGGAUGUCGAGUUGGAGCAUCUAAAUGAGGAAAUGGUUUCUAGAAAAGUGAAAGACAAGACACUCACCGGAGAUCGAACAGAAGCGAGAAAGGGGGAUGAAAGUAUCAGCAGAAAGAAACAGGCGGUUGAAGAUAUGUCUGAUUUGGAACUUCAGCCCGUAGUGCUGCUGACCCAACUUGACGACAACGGUUGUGUGACAGGUGAGGAAAACAUUUUAAUAUAUAUAUUUUUUAAACAAUAUAUUUAUGACAUGUAUGGAAGUUGUGUGUGUAGAAUUAAUUCCAUGGUUUAAGUUAGGGGUAUGGAAGUUCUAUGUGUGUAGAAAAUGUAUUCCAAGGCUCAAGUUAGGGGUGAGUGACUGUAUCCUCUGUAUCCUUUAACAAUGGUACUUCUCUCCUCUCAACACCAGGUGGUGCUCCUCGUCCUGUUUCCCAUACCACAGGGCAGUCUUCUAAAAUAAGCAAGCGAGCCAAAAUAUGCUCCUUAUGUGGGAAGAGUUUUGUUGAAGCAAAAGAUUUGACAACACACAUGAGAACUCACACUGAGCAGAGCCCUCACCAGUGCACCCAGUGUGGGGAAGGCUUUGAACAUCAGGACGACUUACAAAAACAUCAGCAGAAUGAGUGUGAUGAGAUGAUGAACCAACAGGAGGCCAAUGAACACCAGCAUGGAAAGGACAGGAUCUCAGGACAGUCCAGUAAUGCAAGUAGUGAUCCCAAAACAUGCCAUCUAUGCCAUAAGACUUUUGAAUUUCAAUAUAUGUUGAGAAGGCAUCUUAUUGUAUUUCACAAAGGCAGAAUACUUUUUAAGUGUCCUCUUUGUCUAAAGGGUUUUGCCUUCCUCAGUGCUUUGAAGAAACACCAGAGUAACAAAAGAGGUUGUCCUACAAGUGAAGCCGUCAAAAAAAGGAGGGAGCUAUGGUCAAAAAACCCUUCUGCCCGCAUACUUCCAGGACUUUCCUUAAAUACAAAUAAUUCCAAAACAUGCCCUGUAUGCCAUGCAACUUUUUCACAAACGUCUAGUUUGAAAAGCCACUAUAUUUACCAUCAUGACCCAGACAAAAGCCGCUUUAAGUGUCACCGAUGUUUGAAGGCUUUUGUAUCCCACAGUCAAAUGAAGAGACACCAGCAGAGCAAAAGAGGUUGUCAGUUAGAGAGAGUUCACAAAAAUAGGAGUAAGCCAGCAUGGUCACUGGCUCCUCGGGAAAAUAAAAAUGAGAUUCCUCAGCCUUCCAGUACAGCAACCCAGGAACCAACAACCUCUCAAGUUCCCACCACUACAGCACAGUCCUCUAAUAAAAAGACUAUUCCCAAAGCAUGUCCUAUAUGCCAUAAGACUUUUAAAUUUGAAGCUACCAUGGUAAGGCACAUUGCUUCUCACCAAAAGGAAAGUCUCAACAAGUGCCCUGACAUCUUGAAGUGCACCUUUUGUGAAGAGAUCUUUUCUCAGGGCAUGGACCUGAAGAGCCACUACAGU